GCAAGGAUAAGCAAGGAUCACCCCAACUCCAAUAUCUUUCGAAACUUGAGAAACCGCGAACGUUUAUUUCAUUUUCAGCCUCCAACAUCUUUUUCUCUUUUGCUCCCCAUUGUACUAUACCCUUUUUAAAGGUCGGUGUCUUGUCGGUUAGCCCUGUCUAUUUAUAUUAUAUAUAUAUACCUAUAGGUAUAUGUCAUGAUUAUCAUACAAAUGUAGUCUUUUUUAGCAACAAACACUUUCGUUUCAACUCAAUUGACUCCAACAAAUCCCCCAAACCCAGUAGCGUUGGUCUUAAUUUAGUUUUCCGCAUUCCUCCCACACCUACGGUUCGACGGUUCGAAUCUACCCGCCUACCCGCCGACUAAAAUUCACUAAACUUCCCGUUAAAAGUUAAAAGUAUAAUAAUGGCCGACGACGAAGAUGGUGUUAUCAGAUCUGCGGCGGCCAACUGGUUUUCUUCCGACGUCCAGGGCGCCGAGGGGCCUGGAGGUUGGCGUCUUGAUGUUGUAACCCUACUUGCCGUCAUCGGCGAGUCGUCCAUAGCAGAACAUUGUCAGACUAUUACUGCUAGCAUCUUUUGCCUCCUCCCGCGCAUUAUCCCUGCUCCACAGGCUUUCUUAAAGCCUUCCCGGCCUGGUCGCUUGCCCGAGACCACGGCAAAAAUGACGGGCGUCUACAGCGGUGUUGUCCUCGAUACAGUGGGAUUCUUUGCCAAUAUCAUUCAUCCUCUUGACGAACUGCAAUCAUUUGCUUUCCGAGUUCUACAUAUCACCCAUACCGACCGUAAUAACGCCGGUGGUAUUGAGGUCCCCGGCCUACUCAAUAACAGAACGAGCUUCUUUCAAAGUAUACGUGCAAAUGGAAGGACUGUCAAUCAAUCACAUCAAUUACGCACUCUGCCACGUGGUCCUCCUCCCGAAGACCGUAAUACACGUAUUCCAAACGAGCCGAUAGACGCAGCAUGCAGCAACGAUGUCGAGGCCGGUCCAACACCGGGUGUACACAGACGGGCAACAAUGAAAGAAAACAUUCAGGACUUCGUCGCCAAUCCAACGCGUGCCAGAAAUAAAAAACGACCCGCAAUCCCUGCUACCCUAUAUUCCCCCGUGCACGUCCUCUCAUUCUUCUCUCUCUUAUUGACAUGCGGUAUCAUUGCCCUUGCAGCAGUCCUCGAGGAUGGAACAGCAAUUCUUGCCGUUACCCUUAUUUCCUUUGCGAGCUCCAUUGUUGGCUGGGCUUCGUGGUGGAGGCCCAUCCUAAUGAACCGCAGUCACAACAAUACUGUCCCUGAUGGAGAUGUGAUAAUCCGUACGCGUGUGGGCGCAUUCCUUCUUAUCAAGUGCACCGAAGAAGUAGCGCGUGAGCUCUAUUCGGGCACUGAAGAAUGCGAAUACCACGUUAGCGGACGCGCAUAUAGGGUGCUCAUGGGAUUUGGGACCUGCUUGUUGAUGGUGGCUGUCAUCCUCUUGGGCAACUGCAAGUGGUACUCUCAGGUUUUCAUCGGUGUUAGCUAUAUCGUAUUAAAUGGACUAUACUGGACCAUGGGGCUGAUCCCAAAACGCUUCUUCUGGGACUUGAGUCGCUAUGACAUUAGAGAUAUAACUCCUACAAUCUCACAAAACGCCCAUAAAGAAACCUUUAGUGAUCCACGGGAAGGGGCUCCAAGCUACACGCGUACACUAUGGUAUGCGAUCCGCGAAACCAAGCGCACAGCUUGGGUUAAUAGGAGCGGCGCUGCACCCGACACACCACAAUGGCGCAAGUGGCUCGCGGAGGCUGAAGAUGCCGCAAUCUCGAAUAACACAGACUGGCCUUCUGUUGCCCGUAAGGAUGUGAUUAUGAAGAUGACAGAGAGCCAACUUAAUGAUACGGGGACUUCGGCAUCCGAGCCGACAAGAAUAUUUGACCAGGCAGAGCAAGCUGCACCGGCCACUCAGAUACAGCCUCGAGAUCGACGCCCUGCCGAUGGCACUCUAUAGGCAAUUCUACCUACCUAGGUUUGGGCCUCUGUCCUUAUCUUAUAUGGGAAAUAAUGUGUUGGAUACCCUUUUAUACGAGCGAGCGAGUUUGCGAUAUCGAGAUCAUUAUGAUUUUAUCUAAUCCAAUUUACGAGGCUCUGGGAAAUUGCGAUUUGAACUAAGGUGCGGGGAUUUAAUAACGACUGAUGACUAUUUCUUUUCUUUAUUUAUGCUGCAUACGCAAGUAUCUAUAUAUUACUAGAUUUUUGCAUCGGUUGGGGGAGCAUAAUGGUACUGGCUUUUUGCAUUAUUGGGCAUGUAGAACCAAAAGCACAAAACUCGAAUUUUAUUGGAUAUAUUUCCGGCGAGAUAGGAAUAGGGAAAAUUGUUAUUUUAGCGAGGAGUUUUGGUGUCUAACAGUGGGCAGUCAUUAGCUCGCUUCGUCAUUACUACCAAGUCUUGUAAAGACCAUAAUUGAGAAUUUUGGAUACUGCAUUCUUAGACAACUACUGAGAGGCUUGAAUAGAGAAAUAUGACCGAUACGAUCUUCUUAA